CUUCUAACCCAGCAACUUUUAUGGAAAUAGAAUAAUUUACGUCCAAGGUCACAACGAUAAACAUACAACUUAUUUGUUAAUGAUCAGUUCAUCAGUGUAAUUCAGCGUGUGAGCAUUGAACAACACCAUGGCUCCACCACGUUCACGUUAUCCAUCCAAGUUAGACGCAUCAUCAAUAGAAUACGCACGUGAACAAUUCAAAGAGACUCCAAAAAAACGUCAAGAAUAUUUGAAAAAACUACGACAACAUUUCAACGAUCAUGAAAAACCCGAAUUCAACAUCACAACUGAAGAUGAAGUUCUUUUGGCCUUCCUGCGUUCAUCAAAAUACAAUCUUCCGAUAGCAAUAGACAAGUUGAAAAAUUACUACCGCAUGCGUUCGGAAAUGCCAAGCGUAUUUUCCGAUCGUGAUCCACGCACACAACGCAUUCAAGAAGUGUUACGGCUUGGUACAUUUGUCCCUUUGCGAAAACUACAAAAUGGAAGAUUAGUCCUCAUCGUACGAGUAAGUGUAUUUGAUCCAAGUCAAUACACGCUACUUGAAAUUUUCAAAGUGGCAUAUAUGAUCCUCGACGUAUGCAACAAAAUCUGCCCGCAGAUGCAUGUACACGGCGUGUGCGCGAUUUUCGAUUUGGCAGGAAUGUCAUUCGCUCACGCACGACUUACAACGCCAUCUAUAAUCAAACACAUGGUGAAAUCUUGGGAAAAUUACCAUUGCAGACCGAAACAGUUAGAAUUCAUCAAUGCACCAAUGUUCAUCAAUGUUUUAUUGAAUGUGUUUAGGAGUUUUAUGAAGAAAAAGAUGAAGGACAGAUUAAGAGUGCACAGCGGCGGAAAUGACUCAUUACUCGAGAUUUUAGAUCCAAGUGUUUUACCAAUUGAGUACGGAGGGGAAGAUGGCAGUAUACAGGAACACGCGACAUUUUGGUGUGACGAAAUUACAAAACACGCCGAUUGGUUUUUAUUUGAUGAACAAUUCAAACAAACCAAGAUUAUUAAUACGUGAUAAAUGCGAUGGAUACAAGUAAACACUUAAAAUAUGAAAACUGUGAUGAGAUAACAAUUAAUAGAUAAUCACUAAGAAUACAUUUAAUUAUAAAAUAAAAUUUUUGUAUUUUGGCCCA